UCAGUUAGUGUUGGCGGGAGCUGAGCGUUCAGUCUGCUCCUGGCUCGCCGGCCUAGGCUGGGUCUGGUCUAGGGGCUUGCGGGCAGCGCUCCCCGUCUCCGGCCGGCAGGAUGCGGGUGGCUGUGGCCGGCUGCUGCCACGGCGAGCUGGACAAGAUCUAUGAGACGCUGGCGCUGGCGGAGAAGCGCGGCCCCGGGCCGAUAGACCUUUUGCUGUGCUGCGGCGACUUCCAGGCGGUGCGCAACGAGGCCGACCUGCGUUGCAUGGCCGUGCCGCCCAAGUACCGCCACAUGCAGACCUUCUACAGGUAUUACUCCGGUGAAAAAAAGGCCCCAGUUCUCACAAUUUUCAUUGGGGGAAACCAUGAAGCCUCAAAUCAUUUGCAAGAGUUACCCUAUGGUGGCUGGGUAGCGCCAAACAUUUAUUAUUUAGGUUUGGCUGGUGUAGUAAAAUACCGAGGUGUAAGGAUUGGUGGAAUCUCUGGUAUCUUUAAAUCUCAUGACUAUCGAAAAGGUCAUUUUGAGUGCCCUCCUUAUAAUCCAGCUACAAUAAGGAGUAUAUACCAUGUGAGAAAUAUUGAAGUCUAUAAAUUAAAACAGCUGAAGCAACCUAUGGACAUAUUCUUAUCUCACGAUUGGCCAAGAAGCAUAUAUCAUUAUGGAGAUAAGAAGCAACUUCUCAAGACUAUCUUUUUCCGACAAGAAGUGGAAAAUAACACAUUGGGAAGUCCUGCUGCCUCAGAGCUUCUAGAGCACUUAAAACCUACCUACUGGUUUUCCGCACACCUUCAUGUGAAGUUUGCAGCCUUGAUGCAGCAUCAGGCCAAGGAUAAAGAACAGACGGCCAAAGCAACAAAAUUUUUAGCCUUGGACAAAUGCUUACCACAUAGAGACUUUCUUCAGGUAAUAGAAAUAGAACAUGACCCCAGUGCUUCUGAGUACUUAGAGUAUGAUAUUGAGUGGCUCACUGUUCUAAGGGCUACUGAUGAUCUUAUUAAUGUGACGGGGCGCCUAUGGAAUAUGCCUGAAAAUAACGGCCUGCAUACAAGGUGGGAUUAUAGUGCAACAGAAGAAGCUAUGAACAAAGUAUUGGAAAUACUGAAUCAUGACCUCAGAGUUCCAUGUAACUUCAGCGUAACAGCUGCUUGUUAUGACCCUAGCAGGCCACAGACACAAAUGCAGUUGGUGCAUAGGAUCAAUCCCCAAACUACUGAAUUUUGUGCCCAGCUUGGCAUCACUGACAUAAACGUCAGGCUGCAGAAGGCCAAGGAAGAACAUCACUUGUGUGGUGAAUAUGAAGAACAGGAGGACCUGGAGAGUAAUGACUCUGGUGAAGACCGUAGUGAAUAUAACACAGACAUCGCCCUGUCCUCUAUAAUCCAGAUGAAAAUAAUGCUAGAUGAAGAAGAGGAGGAUGAGGAUAGUAUCGUAAGUACACACAGUGACAUGAACACACCGUCUGUAGAGCCUUCUUCUGAUCAAGCUUCUGACUUCUCUGCAAGCUUCUCUGAUGUCAGGAUCUUGCCAGGUUCCAUGACUGUAUCUUCUGAUGAUACAUUGGGUUCCCCAGAUGGCAGAGAGGGGAAGCCUGGUGAGGCUCUGGAGUCGGAGGAUGGAAAGGACUUAACCGAGUUGCCCCUGAAGAGGCUGAGUGACGAACAUGAACCUGAACAAAGAAAGAAAAUUAAGAGGAGGAAUCAAGCCAUCUAUGCUGCAGUGGAUGAUGACGAUGCAGCAUAAGACAAUUUACUUAGUAUUAUAUGUAGAUAUGUGAUUUUUAAGACCAAUAUUUUUAGAGUUGGAUUUUUGACACUCAAGACUUAACUUUGUCAUAAUGAAGUUACAUGAGAGAAUUUUAGUUAGGUAUUGACUUUGUCUUUAGUCCUUUGUAUAUUCAGAUAAAAAUAUUAAAUUUUAUAUAUUUA